UUUCUCUUUUUUUUUUUUUCCUUCUUUUUUGACACAUCUUUAAAAUGUUCGCUUUGAAGACAGCAGCAAACAAGGUCGCUCUUCCUGCCACUCGCGUUGCCUCUCGUAGAUGCAUUUCCUCUUCUACUGCCAGAAGUGCUUUCAACUCUACUCGUUUGGCUCUUAACGCUGGCAACAAGUUUACUUCCAACAUCCUUAAGGAUGCCUAUGUUUCUUCUGCUCCUUCUCGUUUGAUGUUCUUUAGUAAGAAACCUUCAAAAAAGAGAAAGAAUGCUUGAUAUUCAUGCACUUUAUUAGGCCGUCGUACUAUGGCUACUGAAACUGGUGGCAAGUUCAGCCGUGGUAAGCCCCACGUCAACAUUGGUACUAUUGGUCACGUUGAUCACGGUAAGACUACCUUGACUGCUGCCAUUACCAAGACUUUGGCUAUCGAAGGUGGUGCUCAAUUCAUGGAUUACAACCAAAUUGAUAAGGCCCCCGAAGAAAAGGCUCGUGGUAUCACCAUUUCCACUGCCCACGUCGAGUACGAAACCCCCAACCGUCACUAUGCUCACGUUGAUUGUCCCGGUCACGCUGAUUACAUCAAGAACAUGAUUACUGGUGCUGCUCAAAUGGACGGUGCUAUCAUUGUCGUCUCUGCCACUGAUGGUCAAAUGCCUCAAACUCGUGAACACUUGUUGUUGGCCCGUCAAGUUGGUGUUCAAAACUUGGUUGUCUUCAUCAACAAGGUUGACCAAGUUGACGAUCCUGAAAUGCUUGAACUUGUCGAAAUGGAAAUGCGUGAUCUCCUUUCCGAAUACGGUUUUGACGGUGAAGCUACCCCUAUCGUCAAGGGUUCUGCUCUCGCUGCCCUUGAAGGCCGUGAUCCCGAAAUCGGCGAGAAGCCCAUUAAGGAAUUGAUGGCUGCUGUUGAUGCACACAUCCCUACUCCUGUCCGUGAUCUGGACAAGCCUUUCUUGAUGCCUAUUGAAGAUGUCUUCUCUAUCUCUGGUCGUGGUACUGUCGCCACUGGUCGUGUUGAACGUGGUGUUGUCACUAAGGGUCAAGAAGUCGAAAUUGUCGGUAUGGGUGCUCCCACCAAGACCACUUUGACCGGUAUUGAAAUGUUCCGUAAGGAAUUGGACCGUGGUGAAGCUGGUGAUAACAUGGGUGCCCUUUUGCGUGGUAUCAAGCGUGAGCAAAUCCGUCGUGGUCAAGUCUUGUGUGCUCCUGGCUCUGUCAAGUCUCACAAGAAGUUCAUGGCUCAAAUCUAUAUCUUGACCAAGGAAGAAGGUGGUCGUCACACUCCUUUUGUUAACAACUACCGUCCUCAAAUGUUCGUUCGUACUACUGAUGUCACUGUCAGUCUUACACACCCCGAAGGUACUGAAGACCCUGAAGACAAGCUUGUCAUGCCUGGUGACAACGUUGAAAUGCAAUGUGAACUUGUCUAUGAUGUUGCCCUUGAAGAUGGUCAACGUUUCACUAUUCGUGAAGGUGGUAAGACUGUCGGUACUGGUGUUGUCACCAAGGUUCUCGAAUAAAGUAGAGGAUUUCCUAUUUACUGUAUAUAAUAUUAAUCACAGCAAAAAAGAAAAAAGGGUUAGCAUAUCAUUAGAAAUAAAUAAAAAGUGUUCAAGUGUAAAGAAAUGGAAUUCAUGUGAUGAAUAAGCGCAAAAGAUGUUACACACUUGAAAGAGAAUAAACUUUUCUCCAGGUGA